AUGUUGCCGAUCCAGUUAGAGCGCGGGAAUCCAGCUAAAGCUUGCUCCCUCCCGCCUUCCUUUGAGCAGUCCGUCUUCGCGCGCGAUGGGACGUGCUUCGUCACCGGCGCGGACACGGACGUCGGGAUGUCGUGGAUUUUCCCGCCGCCAUGGGCACAUCAAGUGGUCAAUUGGUCGGAACCAAGCCGUUUCAACUAUGCUUCGUACAUCGACGUCUCGAACGCGGCAGUAAUGCGAAAGGAUCUCAUCGCCCUCUUCCACCACAACGCAUUUGGAAUUGACGUUGAUGAUGAAUAUCGUAUCGUUAUUUUCAGCGAUAUCGGAAACAUCAAACUUCCCACCAAUCUUCCCCGUUCGAAAGGUGACCAGAUCGGCCCAGAAGACCGAUUUUUGAAGGACCACUUCUGUUGGUGCAUUAAAGCGAAUUUGCUUGCAGGCGAUAUCGAUGAUGAUUUUCCUCUUCAUAUCAUCCUUGAUUACAUGAAGUCGUUGGGGCUUGAGGGAGAUGAAGAAGAUGUAGUAGAGCCAGGGGACGAGAGGUGGCAGACUGAACUCGGUCAAGAGAUAUGGGAAGACUACAUGCAGGCAAAGUUAUAUUCCAAGAGAAGUGAGGAAAGCGAGGAAAGCGAGUAA